GCUGACAAGGGGCAGUACUUCCGGGCAGGAGCGAGGUGACCCCGGCUGCUGCGGGGACCUGCGGCGACAGCAGCCAUGGGGGCUCACCUGGCCCGGCGCUACGUGGGGGACUCGUCCUCGGAGCCCGACCCCCUGCGGAUGCCCACCUUCUCUCCGGACUACGGCUUCCCCGAGCGCAAGGAGCGCGAGAUGGUGGCCACGCAGCAGCAGAUGGACGAGGCGCAGCUGACGCUGCAGCAGCGGGACUACUGCGCGCACCACCUCAUCCGGCUGCUCAAGUGCAAGCGCGACCACUUCCCCAACUUCCUGGCCUGCGAGCACGAGCGGCACGCCUGGGACCACUGCGAGCACCUCGACUACGUGAAGCGCAUGAAGGAGUUCGAACGCGAGCGGCGGCUGCUUCAGCGGAGGAAGCGGCGCGCGCAGCGGGAGGCGGCGGCGGCCUCCGGCCAGGGCUCGGGAGAGCUGGGCCCCGAGGUGGCCCUGUAGCGGGGUGCCCGCAGCCCAGCGGGCCGGCACAGAAAUAAAGUGCAGGCCCCUCC